GUUUAAAUUGCACGUUAAAUUACACUUAAAUCUCACAGUUACAUUUGAAGUUGAUAUUUCCAUAUAUUCCAAUUUUCCAAUUUUUAAACUAAGUUGCAAUGUUUCCAACUUACAAGUACUACUCUGUCGCAAUUCUUCUGUGUUCUGACCCUUGCAACCCUUCUUCUAACCAGUCGCCCAGAAAUGAUCAUUUCUUCAUGUGUCGCACAAUGUUUAAUUAAACACAUACAUGUACCUCACCGUGCCGGAGGAAAAAUGUCAAUUAAAAUAUUGAACAACAUUGGGGCAGUCUUGAAACGACUGAUUGCUUUUUUGUGCCAUGAUAUAACGAAGGGGAUUUCAUCAGCGCCCAUGUGUCAUUUUCUCACGAGUUCGGCGUUUUACAAUAUCAUGAAGCGGAAGCAAUACAAUAAUGAGUACCUGCCAUCUCAUUCAAAUAAGAACGAUGGCAAUCUAUACUGCUUGACAAUGAGUGGAGUUGAAACAUUUAUCUACUAUAUAAAACCGAGACUUUAUUCCGCGAAAGAAGGAUUACAACCUUGCUUGAUUAGUUCCUCGUCAACGUUUGCUGUUACAGAAAAGUGAGAAACAUAAGAGGCAUGCGUUUGAUCUACCCUGUUAUAAAGUAUUCAAGGAGUAUUUAUUAGUCCUGGGACA